AUUGUAUAGUAGCCUAUCAUGGAACAUCUCAACUUUACUGAAGUUAUAAGCAGAUGCAUGUUUGUCAACAAAUGAAACUUUUCAAAAAAUAUUUUUUUAACACCAAAAAAUACUAUUCAUUUUAAUUAUUCCGUGAUACUCAAGUUUUAGAAAUGGCUACUCCUGCUCCAACUGCUUUAGUAAGUCAGAAGAAAAAACAUUUUAUUGGUGUUCCAGCACCAUUAGGAUAUGUUGCUGGUGUUGGAAGAGGAGCAACUGGUUUUACAACUCGUUCAGAUAUUGGACCUGCCCGAGAUGCCAGUGAUGUUCCAGAUGAUCGCCAUGCUCCUCCAAAUAAAAGAAAGAAGAUGCAACAGAAAGAUGAAGAAGAAGAAGAUGAUGAAGAUUUGAAUGACUCAAAUUAUGAUGAGUUUGCUGGAUAUGGAGGCAGUUUAUUUAGUAAAGAUCCUUAUGAUAAAGAUGAUGAAGAAGCUGAUGCAAUCUAUGAAGCCAUUGAUAAAAGGAUGGAUGAAAAAAGAAAAGAAUACAGGGAAAUGAAGUUGAAGGUGGAAUUGGAAAGAUAUCGUCAAGAGAGGCCAAAAAUCCAGAUGCAGUUUUCAGAUUUAAAGAGAGAUCUAGCUCAUGUGAGUGAGGAGGAAUGGAAAAGUAUUCCUGAAGUUGGAGAUGCUAGAAAUAAGAGGCAGAGAAAUCCAAGACCAGAAAAAUACACUCCUGUACCAGAUUCUAUUUUAGCCAAAGCUGGUAUGUCAAAUGAGUCAUCUCUUGACCCACUGCAACAGGGAUUUGGAUCUGGUCUCAUGACUCCUUAUCCUGGAACAAAUACUCCUGGUGGUAUCAUGACUCCAGGUUGGGCUACUUCUACUGUAGAUCUAGAUUUGAGAAAAAUAGGUCAAGCCAGAAAUGCUCUAAUGGAUAUCAAACUUAAUCAGGUUUCUGAUUCUGUUAGUGGUCAGACUGUUAUUGAUCCAAAAGGGUAUCUUACUGAUUUACAAUCAAUGAUUCCUAUGCAUGGAGCUGAUAUUAGUGAUAUUAAAAAGGCCCGACUAUUAUUGAAGAGUGUACGAGAAACUAAUCCCAACCAUCCUCCAGCUUGGAUAGCUUCAGCUCGUUUAGAAGAAGUUACUGGCAAGUUACAAACAGCCCGUAACUUGAUUAUGAAAGGAUGUGAAAUGUGUCCUAAAUCUGAAGAUGUGUGGUUAGAAGCUGCAAGGCUACAGCCUGCAGAUUUAGCAAAAGCUGUUAUAUCUCAAGCUCUACGUCACAUUCCAAUGUCUGUGCGAUCAUGGAUUAAAGCUGCUGAUUUAGAGACUGAACUUAAAGCUAAGAAAAAAGUAUUUAAAAAGGCACUUGCUCAUAUUCCAAAUUCUGUUCGUUUGUGGAAAGCUGCUGUAGAAUUGGAAGAACCUGAAGAUGCUCGAAUCCUUUUGAGCAGAGCUGUGGAAUGUUGUCCUACCAAUACAGAUCUUUGGUUAGCUUUAGCACGAUUGGAAACUUACGAAAAUGCGCGAAAGGUACUUAAUAAAGCUCGUGAAAACAUUCCUACUGAUCGACUUAUUUGGAUCACUGCUGCAAAAUUAGAAGAAGCAAAUGGAAAUAGUAGAAUGGUAGAAAAAAUUAUUGAUCGUGCUGUAACUUCUUUAAGGGCUAAUGGUGUUGAAAUCAACAGAGAACAAUGGCUUAAUGAUGCUGUUGAAUGUGAAAAGGCUGGAUCUGUUUUAACAUGCCAAGCAAUUGUUCGUACUGUCAUUGGUAUUGGUGUUGAAGAUGAAGAUCGCAAACAUGCUUGGAUGGAAGAUGCAGACUCGUGUGCAAAUCAAGGAGCAUAUGAGUGUGCUAGAGCCAUUUAUGCACAUGCUUUAUCAAUGUUUCCUAGUAAGAAAAGCAUAUGGUUACGAGCUGCUUAUUUUGAGAAAAAUCAUGGUACCAGAGAAUCUCUUGAAGCCUUGUUACAAAGAGCUGUUGCACAUUGUCCAAAAGCUGAAGUUCUAUGGCUCAUGGGAGCUAAGUCAAAGUGGCUUGCUGGUGAUGUUCCAGCUGCUCGCAGCAUUUUAUCUUUAGCCUUUCAAGCAAAUCCGAAUAGUGAAGAAAUUUGGCUUGCUGCUGUAAAAUUAGAAAGUGAGAAUAAUGAAUAUGAAAGAGCUCGACGUCUGUUAGCAAAAGCUAGAGCCAGUGCACCCACUGCCAGAGUUAUCAUGAAGUCUGUUCGUCUGGAAUGGGCUUUGGGAGAUUUGAAAAAAGCUAAUACUUUACUUGAUGAAGGUAUUAAGCAGUAUCCAGAUUUUGCUAAAUUAUGGAUGAUGAGAGGUCAAAUUUUAGAACAAGAAAAUCGUAUUAAUGAAGCUAGAGAUGUUUAUAAUCAGGGAAUAAAAAAAUGUCCCACUUCAAUACCUUUGUGGUUGCUGCUGGCGCAACUGGAACUAAGAAAUGGGGCGUUAAUAAAAGCUCGUUCAGUUCUUGAAAAAGCUCGAUUAAAAAAUCCGAAGAAUCCACAACUUUUAUUAGAGUCUAUUCGAGUUGAGUUACAUGGUGGAUUGAAAGAUAUAGCUAUGAAUCUGAUGGCAAAAGCUAUGCAAGAGUGUCCAAACAGUGGAAUAUUAUGGGCUGAAGCAAUCUUUCUUGAACCACGUCCUCAAAGAAAAACGAAAAGUGUUGAUGCUUUAAAGAGAUGUGAACAUGACCCACAUGUGCUUCUGGCUGUAUCAAAAUUGUUUUGGACAGAAAGGAAGACAAAUAAAGCUAGAGAAUGGUUUAACAAAACAGUUAAGAUUGAUCCUGAUCUAGGAGAUGCUUGGGCAUACUAUUAUAAAUUUGAAUUGAUUCAUGGAACCGAGGAACAACAAGAAGAUGUUAAGAAAAGAUGUGUUCAUGCAGAACCAAGGCAUGGUGAACAUUGGUGUAAAGUAUCUAAAAACAUUCUCAACUGGAGGAAAAAGACAGAACAAAUUUUGGUUAUGACAGCUGCAUCACUAAGUGUACCUACAUAAGUUUGUGUAUUUGCUUCUCAUACAAUAGUAUGAACAAUCUAACAUGAACCAACACUUGUGCAGUAUAAUUUACUCUUGUGAAGUUUCGAGAAUAAUUUUUAUGUUUUUUUAGCUUUGUAUAAGCAAGGAUAUUCAAUAAAUAUAUAAGAUUACAAGAGAUAUAUUCAUUCCUCCUUUUCUUAUUUAUUCUAUGCAUAAUGAAUAUUAAAUGAAUAACCACUCUUCUGUCAUUGUUAUCAUAU